AUGAGCUCUCCUUACCUCCUGGUAAUAUCAGCAUGCCUCCUCAUAGCAGUCUUUGCUUACCAUUCCUUCAAACCAACAUCUAUAUACCUCAUUGACUUCUCAUGUUACCAACCUCCAGACUUCUUACGAUCUCCAAUCUCCAAUUUCAUUGAGCAUCUUAACCUAUCAGGUAUAUUUGACAGAGAAUGCCUUGACCUCCAGCAGAAGAUUCUAGAACGUUCAGGGAUUGGAGAUGACGCGUGCGUCCCUGUAACAGUCCAUGAGAUUCCACCACACUCUUCUCUCUCAGCAUCCAGAGAAGAAACUCAUGACAUCCUCUUCACUGUUGUCCAAGACCUUUUCUCAAAACACAAGAUAGAUCCAAAGAGUAUUGACAUCCUUGUCUCUAACUGCAGCCUCUUCUGUCCUUCUCCAUCCAUAACCUCCAUCAUCAUAAACAAGUUUGGCAUGAGGAGCAACAUAAAGAGCUUCAGCUUGAGUGGAAUGGGCUGCAGCGCCGGGCUUCUAUCGAUAAACCUAGUAAAAGAUCUUAUGAAAAUUCAUAGUGGCUCUUUGGCUUUAGUGUUGAGCAUGGAAGCAGUGAGUCCAAAUGGUUACAAAGGGAAGUGCAAGUCAAUGCUCAUCGCUAACACAAUCUUCAGAAUGGGUGGAGCAGCGAUUCUUCUCUCCAACAGAGAGCAAGACAGGGACAAGGCGAAGUAUAAACUCCAGCAUCUUAUCAGAACUCAUCUCGGAUCAGAUAAUGAAUCUUAUGAGAGUGUAAUGCAGGAGGUUGAUGAGGAAGGACUAGUGGGAGUAGCUUUGUCUAAGCAGCUUGUGAAAGUAGCAUCAAAGGCCUUGAAGAUCAACGUGGUGGAGUUAGGCCCUAAGGUGUUGCCUUACUCAGAGCAGCUCAAGUACAUAAUCUCAUUCAUCAAAAGAAAAUGGGGAAAGGAUAAGAAGGAGAAGGAAGUGUACACACCGAACUUCAAGAAAGCUUUUGAGCAUUUCUGUAUACAUGCAGGAGGAAGAGCGAUAAUAGAAGGUGUGGAGAAGCAUCUGAAGCUGGAGAAAGAAGAUGGAGAAGCGUCAAGGACGACGUUGUAUCGGUAUGGGAACACAUCUUCGUCUUCUUUGUGGUAUGAGCUGCAGUACUUGGAAGCUAAAGGUAGAAUGAAGAAGGGAGAUAGAGUGUGGCAGAUUGGGUUUGGAAGUGGGUUUAAGGCUAACAGUGCUGUUUGGAAAUGUAUUUCUGAGAUUGAUUCAAGAGAGAAGAAUGCAUGGUCUGAUAGAAUCCAUUUGUAUCCGGUUUGUGGAGAUGCAUCAGGUUAG